UUGUUGUCAGAACAAAAUGCCUGAUAAACAAAAAACUCAAAAUAAACAACUGUACGGGUUGUUUACCUGUUUACACUCGUUUUGCACUAUAGUGUUAUUUGGACUUACUUUAUAUCACUUUUUACAAAUAGAAAAUUUAAAAGGAGACAUAAAGCUACUGAAGCAAGAUAUUGCCCACAGAGACUCCGGGAGUACUCAUGUAGUCGGGCGACGUCAGGCACAGACCAUUGUCACAAUUACAGAUGUACAAAACGAGGUUCAAAAGUACUGUCUACAGAAUGGAACAGUUUUAUGUACAGGCGGACCGUCGGGACCAAAAGGGGACAAAGGGGACAUUGGUUUACCUGGAUUUAAUGGUUCAGACGGUAGUCCCGGCGUGAAAGGAGAUCCUGGGGCACCGGGUAUAGGAGGUUCACCGGGUUAUAAUGGAACAGAUGGUCAAAAAGGAGAAAAGGGUUAUCCGGGCGCUGAUGGUCUUGCAGGAAUAAAUGGAACCAAUGGCCUGUCUGGAUUGCCCGGAGCGCAGGGGCCUAAGGGGGAAAUUGGACUCGCGGGAGUUAAUGGUUCAAAAGGUGAUAAAGGUGAAAAAGGAGAUAUCGGUCCUCAAGGUUAUAAUGGGACAGAUGGAAACCAAGGAACACAGGGCCCGAAAGGUUUGAUUGGAGAAAAGGGAGAAAAGGGCGAUACAGGUGUAACAGGUGAUCCAGGUGUAAAUGGAACGGAUGGGUCCCAGGGAAUUCCUGGUCAGAAGGGAGAACCAGGGACAAUAGGACCACCAGGAAAUGAUGGAAUGCCAGGACUUAAUGGGACAGACGGUGCAAAGGGAAAUACAGGAUUAAGGGGGGAUAAAGGAGAUACUGGCUUAAAUGGGUCGAAAGGUGCUCAAGGUAUUCAGGGCGAAAAGGGUGCUCAAGGAUUCAAGGGUGAACAUGGCGUCCAAGGUUUCAAAGGUGAACCAGGGAUAAAAGGCGAUACUGGUUCAACAGGACUGCAUGGUUUACCAGGACAGAAAGGAGAAAUGGGAUUACAGGGUAUUCAGGGUCCCAUUGGACUUCCAGGCAUAAAUGGAUCGGAUGGAGACAAAGGGGAACGUGGUUUUCAAGGACUAAAAGGGGACAAAGGAAGUGAUGGCAUAACCGGAAAUGCAGGUCAGAAGGGAGAAAAGGGAGAUAUUGGUUUAACCGGAAUACAAGGCGUUAAAGGAGAAAUGGGUACUGCAGGAACGGAUGGCCUAAAUGGUACCGAUGGGCUGCGUGGCCCACAAGGACCAAAGGGCGACCAAGGACUACAGGGUGCUCCUGGAAUAAUAGGCCAAAAGGGCGAUCGUGGAACUGAUGGUGUAAAUGGAACAAAUGGCCGUACAGGAAAUCCAGGAAUGAAAGGGGAAGCAGGUGUUCAAGGACCUACUGGCCAGAAAGGCGAACACGGUCUGUCUGGAUUACCAGGCCAAAGAGGAGGAAAAGGAGAGAGUGGUAUAAAAGGAGCACAGGGUAAUAAUGGGACACCUGGGUUAAACGGAGCAAAAGGUGAAAUUGGAGCUCCGGGUAUGAAGGGAGAACCAGGUUCCAUUGGACCAUCUGGUACAGACGGGUCGCCAGGACUGAAUGGCACAAAAGGGGAAAAGGGGAACGCCGGCAAUCAAGGUUUGAAGGGAAUACAGGGACCUAAGGGUGAACCAGGUGCAAAUGGUACUGUUGGGAAAAAGGGAGAUAAAGGGUCGCAAGGUCUCAAGGGUGAUGUCGGUGAAAAAGGAGAAAAUGGAACUACUGGACCACCGGGACAGAACGGCAUUGAUGGUAUUGCUGGUAUUCCAGGAAUUAAGGGAGGAAAUGGACAAAAAGGUGAGCAGGGCGCGCAGGGUCUUCCAGGUACCCCUGGUACAGACGGUGCAAAGGGUGAAACAGGCUUACCAGGUCAGAAAGGGGAUAAAGGAGAAUUUGGUCAGCGUGGAAUCCAAGGACCUGUUGGGGAGAAGGGGGAGAUGGGUAAACAGGGUCUACAUGGAUUACCAGGUGUACAAGGAGCUAAGGGUGAACCAGGAAAGGAUGGAGUGACAGGUAGUAAAGGUGAAAUGGGUCCAGUGGGUCCUACUGGACCGAAAGGUGAAUCAGGAAAUCCGGGAAAGGAUGGGACCAAUGGAGCAAAAGGAGAAAAGGGUGACGUUGGUUUGAAAGGUGACCUUGGUGGAGAAGGUCCUGUAGGUCCUAAAGGCAUACCUGGCACUAAGGGCGACCAAGGUUUCACCGGAGCACCUGGCGUCAAAGGCGAAAAGGGGGAUGAGGGAAAGGCACCGUCUAAUAAUUGUUGCCAGAACCUUCAAGUACCAGUUUUCCAAGGCGGAUCAAAUGAUUUACAGAUAACAACAAAUGUGGGAAAUACUGUCUUACUGCCAUGUGUUGCUGACGGAAACCCUGCACCGGAAGUCACGUGGGAAAGAGAUAAUGGCGAACUUCCUGUGAACAGAACUGUCACAACCCCAAUAGGAAUAGCUAUUGAUGCCGUAAGAUUAACCGAUUCUGGAAGAUAUACUUGCAAAGCAACAAACAUACUUGGAACUACAACAAAAACAAUCAUUUUUGGUGUUGACUCCAAACAGCCAGUAAUUGCGCCACUACGGAAGUUUGUAUCUGUGGUUCCUGGCGACUCUGUGGACGAUGGAUGUAUUGUACAGAAUGUCAACCAGCAUACCACCACAUACUCUAAGGUCCAUGGUGGUCUACCGACACACCAUAUACUGCCCAACGAAGACAUUGUAUUCAGGUUCGAGUCUACUGCGGACUCGGGCGAAUACCAGUGUCAGGCUAUAACUGAUAAAGGAACAUUCUCGGCUUCAUUUUAUGUAUAUCAUAAUCUGACGUCAUUCACAUGCGACACAACGUUCCAAGUUUGUGGACAGGAUGGCGCUGUUUGCGGAGGAACUUGUCCAAAAGGGUGUGCUAACCUCAACCCUCAGUUUGUAGCAACAGGAUAUGCUGUGAACCUGCCGAUAUGUCGUGCUGCAGUUAACAAUGGGAAGGUGGAUCUAAAUGGCGGACCCGUAGUUUUCCAGGUCUAUCAGACACCAAAUGUAAUGGAGGCAAAGUUUUUGGAUUUCACAGGAUAAGUUUGUCGGUCAAUUUUGUUGAUAUUGCAUUAAAAUUUUUGAGGUU